AUGGCUUCUUACAUGCGAGACAGUCGAAGUGCGGUGAGAACUCACAGGCGAGACUCAUCAUCAUCAUCACAAUCACAAAACAGCACUACUCGCCAACGACCGCGUCUUCUGCGUUCGAGUGCAACGGAGCCUUCAAUCACCGCUUCAAAUGCCAUCAGAGGCUCAUUCGCUGGCCCCGGAUCGCCGCAUAAGGCAACAGAUCUUCUCAACCGUGUUGCCGUCUACUCCCCGUCGCCGGAGCAAGCUACUCCAGUGUCACGCCAUGCACAGCCCAUCUCUAUCUGCCGUGACGCUCGCGAACAUUCUCCCUCCAGCAGUCCUGGCAGUCAAUCCAGCGUGAUGGUUGACUCUCCUUCCGGUUACUACUUCAGCUUUCCCAGCUUCGAAGAAUGGAACAGUGACAAGCAGGAGGAAAUCGACAAGGACUCUGAUGAUUGA